UCCGUCGUUCAGAGGGAUAAACAAAAAAAAACAGAAGAAGAAAAAAACGAAGUCUGAGAGCGCGACGCUUUGCAGCUGAUGUACCGCUGGCUCCAACAUGGAGAGCGACACCACGGUCAGGAGAAUAAAAACCUUCGGGACACAGAACUACUCGGCGCAAGAUAACGACGGUUCCCGGGACCGGUGCCCCGACAACGGCUACAGCGGCGACCCGAAGAGGAAGCCCGAAGUGAGCCUGUAUCUGCUGCGGGAAGGACUGGCGGCUUCCCUGGUCUCUGUGUUUAUUUUGGUCCUGUGGGGACUCGUUCAACUGUCGUUGCAGCAGCUCGUCAUCGGAAAGCCGACCGGCGAGUUCAACGCCGUGAGAGCCAGACGGCACUUGGAGGAGAUCACCAGCGUGGGCCCCCGUCCGGUGGGAAGCCCCGAGAACGAAGUCCUGACGGUGGACUAUUUGUUGGAGCAGAUAGAGAACAUCCGGGUGGAGGCGGCGGCGGCGGGGCUCCAUCAGCUCGCGGUGGACGUGCAGCGUCCCACCGGCACCUUCUCCAUCGACUUUCUAGGGGGCUUCACCAGCUACUAUGACCGGGUCACCAACAUCGCCGUCAGGCUCGAGCCUAAAGGGGGGGCGCAGCACCUCAUGCUCGCCAACUGCCACUUUGACACGGUGGCCAACAGCCCAGGUGCCAGUGAUGACGCAGUGAGCUGUGCAGUCAUGCUGGAGGUCCUCCAUUCUUUGGCCAAUCAAUCUACUCCUCUUCUUCAUGGAGUUGUCUUCCUCUUUAACGGGGCAGAGGAAAAUAUUCUCCAGGCCAGUCACGGUUUCAUUACUCAGCAUCCGUGGGCCAAGCAGGUGCGAGCCUUUAUUAACUUGGAGGCUGCAGGUGUUGGGGGAAAGGAGGUUGUUUUUCAGACAGGUCCAGAGAACCCGUGGCUGGUCCAGGCCUACGUUCAUGCAGCCAAACACCCCUUUGCCUCUGUCGUUGGCCAAGAGGUCUUUCAGAGUGGCAUCAUCCCCUCUGACACUGACUUCCGCAUCUACAGAGACUUUGGUAACAUCCCAGGCAUUGAUCUGGCUUUCAUUGAAAACGGUUUCAUCUAUCACACCAAGUACGACACUUCUGACAGGAUCUUGACGGACUCCAUACAGAGAGCUGGCGAUAACAUCCUGGCGGUGCUGAAGUACCUGGUGAUGUCCGAGAAGCUGGCAGAUUUCUCGCAGUAUCGUCAUGGCAACAUGGUCUUCUUUGACCUGCUGGGGGUGGUCGCGGUGGCCUACCCGGCCCGCGUCGGCACCAUCCUCAAUUACAUGGUGGCCGCCGCGAGCUUCCUCUAUCUGGCCAAGAAAGCCUCACAACCAGGCAAUGGGGGUGGGCGAUAUGUUCGGGACCUGGCCUGCGCCACAGGCGUGGCGGUCCUGAGUUGGGUCGUCACCCUGAUGUCGGUGCUGAUUGUCGCGCUGCUCGUCACUCUGCUGGGCCGCUCAAUGUUUUGGUACAACCACUUCUACGCCUCAAUCUGCCUGUAUGGGACCGCCGCCUCGGGAAAGAUAAUCCUCAUUCACACGCUGGCCAAGAACUUGUACUACGGAGGAGUGCGUUUGGUGGGGCUGGGGGAUCUCUACUUUGACGUCAGCUUGUUGCUGUGGUGCUGCAGCCUGGUGUGGCUCACCCACCAGGGCCUGUGUUCAGCCUAUGUGCCCAUGCUAAUGGUGGCCUUCCCUCUGCUCACCAAGCUGCUGCUGGCCAAAGAAUUCAAACACAGAGGAGCCUCGAUGAAGUACAGCGUGCUCUAUUUGUUUGGCCUGACGUUGCCGUACGUCCACUUCAUGUUCCUCAUCUGGGUGGUGUUUGAGAUUUUCACUCCCAUCAUGGGGCGCAGCGGAACCGAGAUCCCCCCUGAGGUGGUGAUGGCCACCCUGGUCACCCUGGCAACCGUCUUCAUCUCCUCCUUUUUUCUGCAUUUCAUCUACUUGGCGCGGAGCACCAAGUGGAUCCUGGCUGGUCUGGGCUCAGUCUUCGUCUUCACGUUCCUGUUGAUGUCCUGUGGCCUCCUCUUCCCUUACUCCGGCAGUGCGGACAGCCCGCGGCCAAAGAGAGUCUUCCUGCAGCACACAACGCGGACGUUCCACAAUCUCCAAGGCCAGGUGGAGGGCCAGGACUCGGGUCUGUGGAUCAACAGCUUCGACUACACGGGCAUCCAGCACAUCACGCCCCUCAUCCCCGAGAUCAACGACAGCGUCCGCACCAGCUGCAGAGAGGACCGGCCCUUCUGUGGUUACCCCUGGUUUCUGCCCGUGAAGUUCCUCAGCAAGAAGAACUGGUACCUCCCCGCUCCGGAAGUGUCUCCCAGCGCGCCGGUCGAGUUCAGCCUGCUGUCCAGAGAGGAGACCAGCUGGGGGACCAUCAAGAUGACCUUCAGUGUGGAAGGUCCCUCCCACAUGUCCCUCUACCUGAUGCCCCACCGAGGGGCCAGCCUCUCCACCUGGUCCUUCGGGGACGGGACCCCUCAGUUCGACCUGAGCGGAGAAUAUUUUGUGUUCUAUUCCCACGGCCUCGACGCCCCCAAGUGGAUCUUCUGGUUUGAAAUCCAGCCUCCCAGGGAUCCGGACCCGUCGGGCCCCGAGGGGAUGAUCUCCGUCGCCAUCUCCACCCACUAUUUCUUCGGGCGAGACAGUAGGACUGCUCAGCUGGAGGAAAUCCUCCGCAGGUUUCCCACGUGGUCUUUUCCCUCAUCUUGGGUCAGUACCUACGACAUGUUCCGAUACUGAGGAACGCCGCACAGCUCAGGAAAGCUGAGGAGCGCCUUGAGGUGUUUGUAGGCCCCUCCCCCUCAUCCCCCCCCCCCCCCCACCCCCCCGUGACACAGACAGUUAAAGAUUUUCAAGGAACAAUGCCGAGGACGAGCCCCGACGCCUUUCCCUCUCUACGACACACAUUUCCCCCUCCCAUCCAGUCACUGUGUCCGUCGGCUUAGCAGCUCCCCGAGCAGGAGGACGCGGUGAGACGCGCCAGAAGUAAGCUGAUCCGACAGCUCACCGCCCACCGCGGGCCUCCUGCUCGCUGCCGCCUUCGUCAAACAAACGGUUACAUUUCUCUUUUUUUUUUUUUUUUUAAUUCAUCUGUUGUGCCUUUUUCAAAACAUUUUAUUUACUGAAGGCUUAACCCAUCCAAAGGCCCUCUCUCUCUCUCUCUAUCUUUCUAAAUGAAUAUCUUUGCUCGUCUACUUCCCCUGAACUUUGGCGGACACGAUGCACCACCACUAUCCGCACCGCAGGUGUAGUAACACACUGAUAGGUCCGUUCCAAAAGGGAAGGGGGGGAGGGAGGGGGGGGGGGGGCGUCGUUUAACUGGAAACUUUGACACUUUGAAGCGGGGCCUCGGAUCGACCCGUCCUUGUUAUUAAAUCUGUUGUGUAAACGAUUCCUCAAUAACACCACUCGGUAGUUGUACCCCUGCCCUUGAAUUGUCCGAGGAUCUGGCACGCGGAGGCCGAAAAAAAGGCCGGCUAAAUUAAUAAAUGUCAACGUGACCUUUUCUGGGGCUUGGCUUUCCUGAGCGUUUUUGUUGCCGAGGGCAAGUCUUUUCCACCUGAAUAAUCCGAGCGAAUGUGUAACGAGCUUGAUAAGACUCGCAGGGCAACGAGGACUUGUGGCGGUCCGAAAUGUCCUGUGAUUUCAGAUGAUUAACCAGGCCUCGUGGGCGACCGGAAGGAAAAACCAGCAAUACAACUCCACACACUCAUUAACAGGGUCAGUGUCGGUCAGCUUGGGGCUGGAUAUUUUACCUCUGUAACUACUAUGUAAGGAUUUGUAGUUAAUUCAGGACUUGACCUCUACUACGUGCCAAGAGCUGUUUCCCAACAGCACCCAUGAAUGUAUUUAAAUGCUCCAAUGAUUGACCGAACGACAUCAUUCAAUUGAUACUGACAACAACUGACCUGAAAAAUAAAGUCUUAUAGUACAGAUUAAAGAUGGAAAGAUCUGUGUUCGUAAAACGACAUCUGCUUCGGGCGCAGGUCAAAGCAUCAAAAACGAGCUGUUGGACAUUCUGUAGGGAAGUCGAAGGAGCCGAUAAUUACUCAUUAGUCAUCUACUGUAAGUCCUCUCAUUCGAGUCGAUGUUCGAAGGAACACUUUGGUAUUGGUGCUGAUGUUGUCCACUCAUUUCGGGGUGUGUUGCUAAUAAUUCUCCCUUUUUUUUUUUCUUCUUCUUCUGGACCACUAGCACAAGUUCAGUUUAACAUAUGACCUCCUUUUAGAGUCUACUUCACACAGUCGACACCAAGGAUCAGCUGACGAGGCCUUUUCCGACCGCUUCAGAGUCACCACUACCUCCACGAUGACCCAGACGUCGCUUCUUAAAGACAACGGAAUGCGCUCGUAAAAACUUGUCUGAACGUUAUCGCUGUAAAGUUUUAAACCGUUAAGUAACGUUAAAUUCUUCUUUUGGUGGUUUUACCACCGCCAUUGAUAUUUUAAUGGCGUCUGUGUAAUUCCCCCCCCCCCCCCCCCCAAAAAAAAAGCCCCGGUCUAACAAGAACUGUGCAAACGGAGACGAGUGUCACAUCGGAUCAACUGAGCCAAGUUGUCUUUGCGUCCAGCUGCGUAACCCCCGGCGACGUGUGCUCGUGAUCCACGUUGCGCUCCCAAAGACACACAAUAUGUUUACUGUGGUGCACACAAACGUCUCAAAGCUGUCAGGGUUCUGCACUGUACCAAGUGCACAUGCAACAUGAAGUGGAAAUCCAUCCCAGCCUUUACGACAACACUUGAAAAACAGGUCGCCCUGCUAUGCUCCUUUUUUUGUGCAACCAAAAGUCCUUAAAGUAGCCUGCUGUGCAUCUGCUGAGCAGGACAGUGGGAUACAACGGAAAGCUCCGGAGCAUGUGGGCUUUUUGUAUGUAGAUGUCUUCUCAGUGCACCAACACCAACGCUGCUUUAAGUGAAUGCACAACGGUUUAAACCGGUUUCUUUGCAACCUGCUCCAGUUGAUGGGAGCAACCGCUUUGUUCAUUUUAAUUUAAAAAAAAAAUCUUUAAAGUGGCAUAGUGUUUAAUUUUUAGACACUGCAGGAAAGCGUGGAAUAGUAGUAUAAACAUUUUUUUUUUAAAUGUAAUCUGCUUUUUUACAUUUCCAACCACGUAACGAUGUGUUGUUUUAUGGUUAUGACAUAAAAUUGGGUCAACCAUUGAUGAAGAACAAGGGUUGUUUGUUUCAUUCUAAAGCAGCAACACAGGAGCAGCUGCUGUGAAUCUGGACCGCGGUGCGGAAACUGUUUAAUUGUUUAGUUACAUCAACACGUUCUGUUGAUGUAACUAAAGUGAAGACAGAGGCGCUGUGCCGUGUGUAUUUGUUGUGUGUGUAAACACUGACCUUCAUCUCAUGUUCACUCGUGUUUUCAUGUCAACUUGAGAAAUAAGCAGUUUGACUGAAAUCUGUUCUGGGAUACACAUUGAAACGUCUUAACAGCUGUUGUUAAAGUCCGUUGCCUUUUUAGAAAGAUGUUAACACUUUGUUAUUGUUACCUGAACUGUGUCUGUAGUCCGACAUCUUCACCCGUGACCUUUUCUGAACCAUUCAGUUUUUGCUCUGAAAGUCAAAUUAAGGGUUUUUUUAGAGACUGAAAUGUAAUUGUUUUGAUUAAUUUGACAAGUUCAUAAACUGCUGUUUUGCUUUUUAAAAAUUGCGUAUUUGUCUUGUCAAUAUACAUAAAGUUAUUGAUCCAA